AUGAAGCAACUACUCUUUGGCGCUCUGUGGCUUUCAACGGCAGCGUAUGCUUCAAAUCUCACCUUACCAAAUGGCUGGUUCAGCAUAGCACCAGAUGAGACGAUUGUCCCAGGCCAGUUUCAGGGCGAGCCACGGUACCUGACCUGGAUGGCUGACUCUCAGAUCAAGCAUGGUGUGGAGCCAACGCUUGCCUAUACUGUUUCCGCAUUUUACUCAGGCGUUCUUCGAGCGUACGAAAGAACUGGGGCUCAAAAAUAUCUAGACUAUGUCAAGAAGGGUGCCGAUAUUCUUCUCUAUCCCGAAUGGGAUGGCACAAUUCUGUUCUACAAUAACAGCAACUCCAUUGACGACAUCCGGAUCGGGCACACCUUUCUGGACAUGUAUAAUGUCACAGGCGAUGAAAUCUACAAGACCGCGGCCCAGACCCUGCGCAAGCAGAUUGAUCGAACUGGCCGAACCCCUGAUGGAGGUUUCUAUCAUCGCUAUCCUACAUAUAUCGACCAGAUGUGGUUGGACGGUAUCUACAUGUUAGACGUUUUCUACGCCCGAUGGACCUCUGAGUUUGAACCUACCAACAACACUGCUUGGGAUGACAUUGCCCUCCAAUUCCACCUCAUCGACUCUGGAACCCGAUCUAAAAAUAGCACAAAAGGUCUCCCUCUUCAUGGAUUUGAUGUCAGCAAGACCCAAGUCUGGGCGGAUCCUGUCACCGGUGCAUCCCCGCAUGUUUGGGGUAGAGCCGUUGGAUGGUAUAUCUGCGCCCUCGUGGAUACUUUAGACUACUUCCCAGAAUCACACCAAGGCCGCGAGCAGUUGCUCGGAUACCUACAAACCUUAGCGGACGCCAUCGUUGCUGCCCAGGACAAGAGGACGAAGGGCUGGUGGCUUGUCAUGGACCCCGGGCUGGAGGGCGUUUCCGGCAACUACAUCGAGAGCUCCGCAAGCUCUAUGUUUGUCUACGGCUUGUUUAAGGCGCUUCGGUUGGGCUACAUCAAGGGAGAUAAAUUCAAGCAGGCGGCAUUCGAUGGCUACAAGCUCAUGACGGACACUUUUGCAACAUCCCGAGAGUAUGAUGGGGCCUUGCAAUUUGAAUGGACAGUGCAGACUGGAAGUCUGAGCUCCAACGGCACGUUGGAGUACUACGCGAGCCAACCUCUGUUCGAAAAUGACCUCAAGGGUGUGGCCCCUUUCUUAUUUGCCAGCUACGAGUAUGAGCUUCUUCGUAGCCAUUAG